AAUAGGGGGCGACACCAUACGGUGUCGCGCCACUGACUCCAGUCUUUGCGGCUUCUUUUGUCUCCGAACUCCACCAAAUUACCCUAAAUAUAGUGGUAAAUUUUCACACUCUUACCAUGUUUGAUGGUAUUGAUACACUUAAUACCAGUAUCAAAAGCACUGGGAACCCAAGAUUAUUGCCUUGAGUCGAUCAGGCUGGAGUGGAAAUUUUGCUCGGGUUUACUUCGCUGGUAGUAACAACGAUUGCAAAACGCCAUUUUUCAAUUUCGCGAAGGAUUUCUGUACAAAAUGCCAUCUGUCUGUGAUAAAGACAUCGAUGAUAUUGAAGACAUUAUUGGUUCAAAUGAUCUUGGACCAAAUGACCGCCUUGUCAAGAAAAACAUUGUGCCAAGGGUCAGGAAGAAGAAAUCUUCCCCUGAAGUGCCAUUGGGGGAUAGCAUCAUCCCAGGUACACAGUCUGUUUAUGUAAAAACAUGGGGUUGCGCUCACAACAAUUCAGAUGGAGAAUACAUGGCUGGGCAGUUGGCUGCAUACGGUUAUAAUAUAACAGAUGAUGGUGCUCAGGCUGAUCUGUGGCUGCUAAAUAGCUGUACUGUAAAGAAUCCUGCUGAACAUCAUUUCAUGAAUGAGGUGCAGAAAGCUAAGGAUAUGGGGAAGGAGGUGGUAGUUGCCGGCUGUGUUCCACAGGGGCAGCCCAAGGCGGAUUAUCUCCAGGGUCUGAGUGUGAUAGGUGUCCAACAGAUUGACCGAGUAGUCGAAGUAGUGGAGGAGGCAUUAAAGGGUCACACUGUCCGCCUCUUUGGGUCCAAAAAGAAAGAAGGCAAAAAGACUGGUGGUGCUCCUCUUAGCCUACCAAAAAUUAGGAAAAAUCCUUUAAUAGAAAUCAUAGCUAUCAAUACUGGGUGUUUGAACCAGUGUACAUAUUGCAAAACCAAGCAUGCAAGGGGUGAGCUUGGCAGUUACCCGCCUGAAGAAAUCGUAGCGAGAGCAAAACAGUCAUUUGAAGAGGGUGUUGUUGAGAUCUGGCUGACAUCUGAAGAUACUGGUGCUUAUGGUCGGGAUAUAGGGGUCACAUUACCUGACUUGUUAUGGCAGUUAGUGGAAACCAUACCAGAGGGAGCUAGGCUAAGGUUGGGGAUGACCAAUCCGCCAUACAUAUUGGAACAUCUCGAGGAAAUGGCUAAAAUCUUAAACCAUCCACGUGUAUAUUCAUUCCUGCACGUUCCAGUACAGUCGGGAUCAGACAGCGUACUGAUGGACAUGAAGAGGGAGUACUGCUCAGAUGACUUCAGACAGGUGGCAGACUUUCUUAAGGAAAGGGUGCCAGGUAUCACCAUAGCAACAGAUCUGAUUUGUGGCUUCCCAACAGAAACGGAUGAGGAUUUUGAAGAUUCAUUAAAGUUAGUUCGCGAGUAUCAGUUUCCUUCGUUAUUUAUCAACCAGUUCUUUGCCCGUCCUGGAACGCCAGCUGCGAAAAUGGUGCGAGUUGCAACAACACAGCAGGUGAAGGGAAGAACGAAAGCUGCCACUGAUGCCUUUAUGGCUUAUAUGCCAUAUGAUCACAAGCUUGGAGAGAGGCAGCAAGUGCUUGUCACAGAAGUAUCACACGACAAACAGUAUUAUGUCGGACACAACAAAUAUUAUGACCAGGUCCUGAUACCAAAGGAUGAAAACCUGAUGGGAACGAUGGUGGAGGUGGAUAUUGUUGAGACAGGGAAGCAUUACAUGAAAGCUAUAUUGGUGAAGGAUUCGGAAGCCAAACGUCCUGUUGCUGUGCCACCUUCGCUGAAGCAGGGGCAAGUCUCUGGUCUUGUCACAGAAGAGGUUGUGAUAUCGUCCAACAAUCCUGUGUGGCUACGAUGGACUUUUGCUGGGAUCGUUGUGGCCAUUGUUGUGAGGCUUCUUAUGUGGACAUUCUCUGUCAGACGUUAUGGAUGGACUGCAUAAGUUGAUAAAAUAUUAUUGAUCAUGCUUAAGUCUUGACCAGUUGAAACUUACUAUCCUGCUGUCCUUGCCUUCCAUCAGGUCAAGUCCAUUUAGAAAUUCUCCUGGAAAUGGGACAGAUCCAGUUCUACUGGCUGGUCAGAGCCAGCUUUUUUAACUGUUUGCUUUUCGUUUUACAUCUUGAUUGGAGGAAUUUUCAUUGGGUUUCUAUUCUAUAGCUGUGAUGAUGUCGCAGAACCAGAGUUGGUAAUAGGUGACAUCUAUCCACUCGGUAUAUAUUUUUUCUUCACGAUUAUUCUGUUAAAAGCUUAUUUUUUGGUUUUGUGAAUUUGGGUAAAUUCUAGAUAAUCUCUAUUGAAAUAUCUUUGAUGUAUACUGAAGCCAUCAGAAUAAGGGUAACCCAAUUAGGCACCAGUAAUCUUGUCUUGGUGAAAGCCUAUACAUAGUAAUGUUUAUUUAUUUCAACCUUCCAUGGGCUGUGAUGUAGAAGUUCAUUAUUGCAUAACAGUGUUUUAUUAGAAUAAAAUUCCAUGUUAUCACAA